AUGUCCUACCCAGACAAAAGCAGGAUGGGUGGGAGCGGGGAGGCCGCACUCUGCCCGGGCGGGGGCUGCCGAGGGGCAAACACCGUCCUGGGGUGCCAGCCGGGCGCGGACACAGGAGCCGCGAAGCCGUGGCCCCCGCCCCGCAGCUGCCCCUUCCUGCCCGGGGCCGCGCGGACGUGGGCUCGCGGGCAGAGCCGUCCGCCGCUGCCCGCUGCCCUGACUCACGUCCGGCGCGCUCUUCCCAGCACCGACCCCCCCGGGUGCCCCCCCGCCCCAGGCCGGGCCCGCUCCCGGCCACGUGCUGCGCUCAGGCCCUGCCCCCGCGGGAGGGACCUGGGCCCGGCAGCCUCACACCGCGGCGCGGAGAAACCCCCGCCCUGCUCCGCGCAGCGCCAGCCCCGAGCCCCGGAGCUCCAGCCCGGCUCCAGCUUCCCCUGCCCCGCUCCGGCUCCUGCCCGGCCCCCCGCGCCCUCGCCCGGCUCCCGCCCCGGGACCCCCGCCCGGCUCCCCCCGCGGCCCGCUCCCGCGUGCUCCCGCUGCCGCUCCAUCUCGCCGGUGCCCGGCUCCGGCUCCCCGCGCCCCGGCUCCCUGCGCCCCUGCCCCGCUCCGGCUGCCGCCCGGCGCCCCUGCCCGGCUCCCGCCCCGGGACCCCCGCCCGGCUCCCCCCGCGGCCCGCUCCCGCGUGCUCCCGCUCCAUCUCGCCGGUGCCCGGCUCCGGCUGCCGCCCGGCGCCCCUGCCCGGCUCCUGCCCCGGGACCCCCGCCCGCGUCCCGCUCCAUCUCGCCCCUGCCCGGCUCCGACUCCUGCGCCGAGAGCCGCCGCUCGACGCCAUCCCCAGGUGGUGCCAUGGUCCCCCCGGCGCGGGCCGCGCUGCUGCUGCUGCUGGCGCUGGCCGUGGUGCCGCGGGCCGGGGCCGGGGCCGGGGCCGCGCUGCCGUCGGGAGAAGGCUCCGUGCGCCGCGCGGACUUGGACGAGCUGUUAAAUAUCGCGGCGGCCCGUGCGCACUGCCCCGCCGGGCCGUGUGGAAAGUGCCUCUCCGCACAGAAUGUCUUUGCGCUCGUGGGCAAGAAGGCCACGGACAACGCCAACCUGACGGCUUCGGAGCUCCCGUGGCUGGGUACCAGCAUACUGCUGUACCUGACGGACCCUCCCGCGACCUGCGCAGCCCUGCGGGACGGCCGCUGGACAGGCCAGGUCAGGGCCUUCUUCAGCGCCUUCUCCAGUGGGAACCCCACCGCAGGGCCGGUGCCUGAGAAGGUGGCGGAGCUGCUGCGGGGCGUGCAGAGGAAUUACAGACCCGAAGACACGCAUGAGCCGUGUGUGGACGCAUCCCGCAUCCUGGAAGAGAGCGCCAAGCUUUCGGCCCAGGUGGUGCGCAACAUGGCAGGGCGGGUGCUGGCCGUGGCCGGGUACCACGUGCUGAAGGGGACCUGCCUCCACGCGCUGCCCCCACCCAGCUACUUCCUGGACUACAUCUUCCAGCGCUACGGCAAUGGGUCGGGGAACCUAACAUUGGAGGGCCUGGCCGCGCUGAUGGAGCAGCUGAAGCUGGGGCCCGAAGCUCAGCACGGGGACCACGACCACCCCCACGACAACCACACGGACCACGAGGCCCGCCUGGACCACAGCCACGUGGGGCACGACCAUGAUGCUCACGCGGGGCACGACCACGACGCUCAUGAGGGGCACGACCAUGACACUCAUGCGGGGCACGAUCACGACGCUCAUGUGGGGCACGACCAUGACACUCAUGCGGGACACAAUCACGAUGCUCAGACAGGGCAUGACCACGCCGAGUACACGGACCCCCGGCUGCCGCAUGCACCCGGGUGGCUGCGGCUCAGCGCCACGGAGCCGGACCACAUGGACAACGGCAGCCACGUGUGGGACACGGCCUGCCUGAGCGCCCAGGACCUCCUGGAGGUCUACGGCUUGGACGCACAGACGGGAAUCUCCAGCCAGGACUUCUCUCGGCUCAGCCCGGCUCUGCUCCAGCAGCAACUGAGCGGGGCCUGCUCUGGCCUGCCCGCGGGCUCCGGCAGCAACCGCGACGGGCGCCUGAGCGUGGCUGAGAAGUACAUCUACGGCUCGCUGGCCACGCUGGUCAUCUGCCUUUGUGCCCUGAUGGGCAUCGGCGUGCUGCUGUGCACGGCCUGCAUCAGCACCUACCAGUACGUCAUCCAGACCUUCCUCAGCCUGGCCGUGGGCUCGCUCACCGGCGACGCGCUGCUGCACCUCGUGCCCCAGUUCCUGGGCCUGCACUCGCAUGCGGACGAUGGCCACGGGCACGAGCACGGCGCGGCAGUCGCAGGCAGCACCUGGAAGCUGCUGGCCGUGCUGGGCGGCAUCUACGCCUUCUUCCUGCUCGAGAAGUUCUUCAGCUUCCUGGUCCAGGCGGAGCACCAGGAGUCGGCCGGGGGCCACACGUGCGACCACGCCAUGUCGCUGCAGCUCUACCAGGAUGAGAUGAGGCGGCGCAAGCAACUCAGAGGCGCCUCGCAGACCGACCUGGUGCGGGCGGAGGAGGCCUGUCUGGGCAAGGCCAGCAAGGAACAGUACAGUCGGGAGCUGCGCAUGAUCCCCUACAUGAUCACCAUCGGCGACGCCAUCCACAACUUUGCGGACGGGCUGGCCGUGGGCGCCGCCUUCUCUACCUCCUGGAAGACCGGGCUGGCCACCUCGCUGGCUGUGGUGUGCCAUGAGCUGCCCCACGAGCUGGGGGACUUUGCGGCACUGCUGCACGCGGGGCUGAGCGUGAAACGGGCCCUGCUGCUGAACUUCUGCAGCGCCCUCACUGCCUUCCUGGGCCUCUACAUCGCGCUCUCGGUCACAGCCAGUGCCGAGUUCGAGGCCUGGAUCUUCACCGUGGCCACCGGGCUCUUCCUCUACGUGGCCCUGUGUGACAUGGUGCCAGCCAUGAUGAACGUGCAGGACGAGCGGCCCUGGCUGCUGUUCGUGCUGCACAACGUGGGGCUCGUGGGCGGCUGGGCCGUGCUGCUGCUGCUCUCGCUCUACGAGGAAAACAUCACGCUCUGAGCCCCCGCGGGGGCAGCAGGGGGCGGCACGGCCACGUGGUGGCCACGGGCAAGCUGGGAGCCGUCGCAGGACCCAGGGGACAACACGCACAUGUGUGUGCAUGCACGCACGUGUGCACGGAGCAUAUGGGACCUGCUGUAUUUAUUUAAUUUAUUCCACUGCAAGUGGCAGCACCGCCCUGACACCUCUCUCCCGCCCGGCCCCUGUGGGCACUGUCCUGCCCGGCUCGCGGCACAGGGACAGGGACGGGGACGGGCGGGGGCACCGGCUGCACGUCCUGCGACCGAGGAGAAUGAAGAGUUUUCACUCAACGCUGUCGUGGAGAACCCGGGCGUCCGGGCCCAACCCCCAGAGCCCACGUGGGCACAGAGCCAGUACUGCCAACCCCGCCGUGCCAGAGAUCAUGAGACAAACUUAAAAAAUAGAUCGACCUGUAAAUCA